AUGUCCUUUACAGCUGGAAUCUGGGACUAUCCUUCGCCCUCUUCCAUCACUCCUCCAAUGACGGCAUGUGCCUCUUCCACCUCAGUAACUUCACCUUCAUCUUCACCGCGAGACUCAACUUUCCAAGUUCAGUCACAGCCAGUGUCUUUAGAAUCACCACCCAGGUUCUCCAUUUCGACCCCUCCAGGGACGGUUGAUCCAGCAGAUAUUUCAACAACUCCAGCUCGUUCAAGCAAGAAGAAGAAGGCGUUGAUACCUGUUUACCACGGCCCGUACCGAGAAGAAGACGACUGGACCAAAGUCUCAGAUCCCAAGGAGAAGAAGAGGAUACAGAACCGAGUUGCCCAAAGAACAUACCGUCACCGUAUGAAGGCACGCCUUGGCGAGCUACAAGCCCGACUAGAUAGCCACGAACGGAACAAGGCCCAGCAGACAGAAAACUCGGAGAACGUCGAUUCAUCUUCCACCAGCGGAUCUGUUAGAGGUUUUACAGCCAUCAACAAUCAGAUUUCCGGCGUCGAAUCAUCCCCACCUCCUAUGCCCCAGGAUAAGACCCCCGUUAGCCAAUCCCAGGUGCAGCAGCCAGCCAUGUAUGAACGGCCUGGUAAUGAAGCCGAGCUGGUAUUCCAGCAUUUGCCUCGCAAUACUCUUAGCAGCCCAGCUCAAACGCAGCCCUCCCCCGAAGCCAAUGGCUUGCUCUCUCCUCUGGGCCAACCUCCCUCAGAACGAGUUUCCAAAGUACCCCACGAUUUCGUGCUCGACUGUUUGCGUUUUCAAACGCAGCUAUUGAACCGCCUUAAUAGUUUGCAGCAAGAGGCUCAUUUCACUCCUUCUUACACCCCGAGCAAUGCUGCGCCUCCACCGUCUCUAGACAACUUGACUCAACCUGAGCAUGCCCAGUGCUCAGAUUCUUUUUCCCCUGCCAAUGCAGAGGCUAUGGAGUUCUCCUAUGAGUCUAGCGCAGACUUGUGGAAGACAGAUACCAUGCCCAAGAGUCGCCCUCCACCUACAUCUGAUAAUUCCAUUAGCUUCCCACCACUUCCUGCUGCCGCUACUCCCAGCGCAGUUCUCAACAGUCCCGCUCCCGAGAGCUCAAAUCAGAACCUGCGGCCUCCGUCCCAGUCUGUCACCCAAGCUGCUUUAGGAGAACGCAUCGGAAGUCUUAUGGAGGCCGUUCAGGCGGCUGGAUUUGAUAGCUUUGACGCCCUUGUCUCUGCUUAUUACUGUGAUACGUUUGGAGAGGCCUCUUCUCUGGCUAAUGAACAACGUCUGAGUCGCAAUAGACGUCUGCCAAAGGUGAUUGCCGACGUGUUCCAAGCAACCAAAGGAUGGAGCACGUGGGAACGCCGCGGGUUUCAGGAAGAGAUACUCAAAACCGCCGAAUCUAUGCUGAUAUCCGAGGGCGCCGGCGCCCGGACUUCUGUAAUGUCCAAAAUUGAGCCUUUACUGGACUCACACGACCCAACUAACCCGGACGCCACCGCGGACGCUCUUAUCAAUCUUAAACGAUCUAUUCAAGAUGAGCUGCCCAAUUCAUGGGCUCUCACAAUGGCCCUGGCUUCCGGCACCCGCAAUUCCUUUCAAAGAGACCGCUCAAAUACGGCCCUGGCAACAACACUCCUCGUCAACUUCUCAGGUCGGAUACCCAAAGAUCAGCUGCUGCAGAUUCUGUGUGCAUGUCUUUGA